AUGGGAGCCAUCCUUAGCCAACGAGGAGAAGACAACUGCCUACACCCAAUUGCGUAUAUGUCCAAAUCCUUCUCAGGAGCCAAAGCCAACUACAACACCCAUGACAAAGAGCUUCUGGCAAUCAUUAAAGCCCUGGAGGAAUGGAGAAUCUUCUUAGAAGCUAUGGACAAACCAGUGCAGGUGUUCACGGACCAUUGCAACCUUGAAUAUUGGAUGCAGGCAAGAACCUUUAACCGGCAACAUGCUAGAUGGCGUGUAUUCCUGAGCGAUUUCAAUUUUGAAAUACAUUAUUGCCCAGGAAAACAAUCAGGAAAGCCUGACGCCUUAUCCAGGAGGUCAGACUACACAGACACGCCCCAGGAACCAGAGAUUAUGCUACCAGCCAAGGUAUUUGCCAAUACAUCAGAAGAGGAACUCGAGAUUGUCACAGAAGUCCGGAAUAAACUAAGGGAGGACCCAUCCCUAGAACCCAUCAUCCAAUUCCUGACAGAAGACGCUGACAACGCACCCCCCUCUAUCCGGAAGGCCUACCGAGACUAUGACUGGGAGGAAGACCUCCUAUGGUACCAAGGGAAACUAGUAGUUCCAGACUCAGAACCCCUGAAGGAGCGACUGCUAAAGGAAUUCCAUGACUCCCCACUGGCAGGCCACCCCAGACAACAAAGAAUGCUUGAACUGAUCAGCAGGUCUUACUGGUGGCCCGGUAUGAAGUCCUCAGCCAAGGAAUGGGUUGAAUGCUGUCCAGUAUGCCAAGCCAACCAACGAGCUCACGCACCUACCAUUGCCCUUAAACCCCUAGAGGUUCCCCCAUUCCCUUUCCACACCAUCUCAUACAAUUUCAUCACGGGGUUCCCUAAGUCAAAUGGGUACGACGCAGUACUAGUGGUCAUUGACUCCUUUUCAAAGUUUGGACACUUCAUCCCAACCUCAAAAAAGGUCACGGCCAAGGGCCUUGCCAACUUGUUCAUCAGCCAUGUCUGGAAACUACACGGAUUGCCAGUCAAGACCAUCUCAGACCGUGGAACGACGUUCACAGGAAAAUUCCUAAGAGCUCUGUAUCAACAACUUGGGGUAAAACCAGCCUUCUCCUUGGCUUACCACCCAGAAUCAGAUGGCCAAACAGAGAGGGUUAAUCAGUUCAUAGAAUUCUACCUCAGAUUGUAUGUUGCCGCCAACCAUUUGGACUGGGCUACCUGGCUGCCAUUAGCGGAGUAUGCCUACAAUAACGCAAAGCACUCUGCAACCAGAAGAACCCCUUUUGAAUUGGUCUAUGGAAGAAAUCCUGUCAUGAAUCCAUCCAACGUCCCUGCAAAUGUCCCAGAGGCAGACCUUGUAGCUGAUACCUUGGCCCGAGAAUGGAAGGAAGCAGAGUCAGCACUUAGAUUGUCAAAAGAACGCAUGACCAGGACAACAGGGACACUACCGGAAUACUCCAUAGGCAAGAGAGUCUGGCUAGAUGGGAAGAACAUAGAACUCAGGACAAACUCCAACAAGCUAGAUCCCAAACAACUAGGCCCAUUCAAGGUUACAGAGAAAGUAUCCAGCCAUGCCUACCGUCUGGAACUCCCUGAAACCCUGAAAAUCCACAAUGUAUUCUAUGUAGGGCUACUAUCAAAGGCACACGAAUCCCCAAGCCAGCCAUUCCCAAGCCGUCCCCCUCCUGAAACAAUAGAAGGGGAAGAAGAAUAUGAAGUGGAACAGAUCAUUGACUCCAAGCGUCAACGGGGAAAGUGGUUCUAUCUGAUCAAAUGGAAGGGUUACGGUCCAGAAGACAAUUCAUGGGAACCGGAAGAGCUAUUAGAACACAGCCAGGAAGAGAUCAAGCACUUCAACCAAGCUAGACUCAAGAAGGCUCGUGACUCCGCCAAGAGCCUUUAA